UUUUACUAGUAUUUAGAAAACAAAUAAAAAAAAUUAUAUUCAGAGAACAACUUCAAUAUUUGUAUGAAAAAAAACUUGUGUUAAACACAUCACACCAUUUGGUUUAUUAAUAAAGUAAAGUGUCAUCAAAUAUAUCAUAAAAAAAUAUGUUUUCAACAUUUAAAACCUCAUUUGCCGUUUUGUUGAGCGCACUGUUAGUCGAUCUACUAGUCGACUGUCAUCCGACGGGUGCACCGGAGAGUGUGUGCGAUACACUGGCGCCCAGUCAUCGCGUCAAAGCACAGACAUCGCCGUCGCCAUACAUUUUGGCCGGUAAUCCAAACCAGGGCUCCAUUAAGCUGAUCAUUGAGAGUCCACAAAACACGGCGUUUCGCGGAUUUGCAGUUCAGGCACAUAACGCCAAUGGUUCCAGCAAUGAGCCGAUCGGCCGGUUCCAGGCCGAGGAUCCCGACAAUACACACACAAUCAACUGUUAUGGCCAUCAGGAUAACACAUUAACACAUUCCAACCGAAAUGACAAGCAAUCGGUGACCGCUUUCUGGUUUCCGCCCGAAAAUUUGCCAAAAGGUACGGCCAUAAAGUUUGUCGGCACAGUUGUCAAAGAUGUGAAAACAUUUUGGGUAAACCUUUCGUCGGCACCGAUUGUUUUGCCGGUUGAGGACAUCAAAGGAAACUCUGUGGGAGACGGAGACCACUCACACCAUCAACAGGGUCAUGGAGAUGACAACCAUUCCGAAAGCAAGACUAGAACUACUGAAAACGGAUCCUCUAUCUUAUCGAUGAAUUACUUGUUGAUGGUGUCAGCAAAUUUGUUUUUAUUAUACAAAUUAUUUUUAUAAAUUUAAUAUUUCGAUAAAAAUUUAAUAAAUAAAAUAUCA